AAACAAGACCAAAGUCAGACCAGCUGUCAGUUGCACUUUAUUCAUGUAUAAAGUUAAAGAGUUUUAGCCCAAGAAUAAAUCUAAACGUGAUGGUCAACAUCGGACUCCGGAAGGUCGAUGACGCGCUCGUGGAGAAACAUCCGGGGUUGCAGCAGUAUGCUGCCUGCCAGUCCCGUGCAUUUAUGAAAGGAACAGGAAGCUUCAUAAUUGGUACAAUAAGCAUGUUCUUAGCACAGCAAGCACUACAGAAAAGACUGAAGUAUCCGCUCCAGUGGAACCUUCUAGUGUCUAUUGUGGCGUCCUCAGUGUUCAGCUACACAGUAACACGUUGGGAGACGAUGAAGUGCACAGAGCUGUGGGUUUUCUUGGAAAAAGGGGAAGUACCUGAUUCCAGUCCACCAAAAAACUACUUGACUUGGCGAAACUGUUUUGCACGGUCUUUUGCAGUGAUGUUUGUUGGGAGAUUCAACAUUUAAGCUGUACUCAUGUUUCACGCAUAUGAAUUGAAAAGGACUGACUGGUUUCACAAUAACUCCACAGAGGGUGAGCUUCUAACAUCUGCAGCUCCCAAAGUCACAAAAUACGGAGAUGCAAUGGAGUAAGUGGUAACUGUCAGUAUUGCUGCAAGUUCAGCGAGCAGAAUGUGUGUUUUAGGAAUUUUGAAUUGAGUCCAUGUUGGAGGGUAUUCAAACUGUAUAUUGCUUAUUUUUUACUUUCUUCUGAUCAAAAAUGUUAAUAAAUGUACAAACCUGGACAUAU